GUUAUGCUUCAGAUGAAAGGGAACGCAAGCAAUUUAUCGGGCCUUUCAGUUGUUAAUUUAAUUCUGACGCCAGCGAAAAAUACCACUUUUUAUCAUGAAUUUGUCACGUAUGUCAUUUUUGGUGCUUUUAAUGAUGGGUACUACGUUUUAUGUUAAUGGCGUCACAACGUUGGUUAAUGCAAGUAGUAGUCAAACACCUCGCAGUAACAAGGCGCCGAUUAAUCAUUGCAAUUGUCAUUGCACUGUAAAUCAAGAUUCUCGCGCCAUAAAAGCCUUAGAGACAAAGGUGGAAGGUCUUAACAAUGUAUUGAACAACAAGACUUCUGCCAUUAGCGAUGCCGUGAAGUCUAUGGAAGCAAAAAUGGAGAGUCUUGCUGGACCGAACAACAAGACUUUUGGCGUGAGCAAUGGCUUAGAAGCCAAAGUGGAGAGACUUACGGGACUGAACAACAAAACUUCUAGCAUCAGUUAUGCGGUUAGGUCCUUGGACGCAAAAGUGGAGGGUCUUACAGAAAUGAGCAACAAGACUUUUAGCAUCAGCAAUGCCAUCAAGGUCUUAGAAGCAAAGGUGGAGGGUCUUAGAGGACUCGUAAACAACAAGACGUUUAGUAUCAGCGAUGCAGUGAAGUCUUUAGAAAAAAAGGUCGAGGCUCUUACAGAGCUAAACAACAAGACCUCCAGUAUCAGCGGUGCCGUCAAGUCCUUAGAAAAAAAGGUGGAAGGUCUUACAGAAAUGAUCAACAAGACUUCUGGAUUCAGCGAUGCCGUCAAUACCUUGGAUGCAAAGAUGGAGAAUAUCAUUAGACUGAUUAAUAGAACUCUUUUCUUUACUAGUCAACAACCGACUCCAAAACCGACAGGUACUUGAAGAGAAAAUCUACAUUAACUCUUAUUAAUGUCGAAUUUUCCUCCAUAAUUUAUUUUCGUAUCGUAAUAUAUUUCAACUCUAAUUAUUUUGAAUUUUUGAUUUUAGUUACGUCAGCCGCUAUCUCUUCUUGCCAGGAACAGUAUUUAAAAGACAAGUAAGGGUCACUCGGACAUAUUUAAAGGCGGAAUCUUUUAAACAUACAUUGGCAUAAUAGUUAACAAUUAUUCCUCUCGCCCGAAUGGGCUCUGAGUCAUUAGCCCAUGAGGCCGAAGGCCGAAUGGGCUAUUGACAGUCAGAGGCCAUGAGGCCGAGAGGAAUAAUUGUUUUAGUGAAAUCCAACUAGUUGGUCAUAAAUAUCGAGACAAAACAACUUAAGCUAGUUAAAGCUGACUUUAAGCCUUUUUUGCCGCUAAAAAGCCGGCGCUUUGCGCUACUAGUGGGCUAUAACAGAUAGCGUAGUAGUAGCUCAAACAAUCAGAACGCAGCAUUGAUAGUAGACCACUAGUUGGAUUUUACUAAAUAAUUAUAGCCGUUGCAUUUGACUGAGUUUUUGCAUUUAACCUGAGCUAUGGAGGGAAAAAUUCAACUGGCAAAUUCGAUGGCAUUCAUCAAUAUAUUUACGUCCCCUUUAGUGUUUUUAAAAUAUUUCAUUUCUGGAAAAAUCAUCGUAAUAUCCUUAUCUUAAACAUCUUAAUCUUAUAUUUUCGCUGUCUGGGUCUCAAACACUUCCCAAAUCAAGGCCCCUUUAAAAUAUUCCUUUCCACUGCAACUGUUGCAUUCAACUCAAUGUUUCCCCUUUUUUUGAUGCUUUAAAUAACGGUCUGGGUCAGCAACAAGUGAAUUGUUAUGAAUUUAGCGCUGUGCAACUACUAAAACUUGAAUGCUAAUCUAAAAGUUUGCUAUUGACCACAUAUUCCUAUUAUGAUAUUCAAGACUUGAGUGCCCAAGCCAAUGACUCGCUCUAUUUUGAAUAACUAUACACAAAUUCAAAAUGAGCAUGGGCUUUGUAAAAAGUAGAAAAUUAAUAGGUAUAAUUUAACUCGAAGGUUAAAUAACUUAUUCACGUAAACACUUUUUCCAAAAAAUGCAAAGUCUUACACGUUAUUUUUAUCAAAACGAAACAUCCGAAGAGCUUUAAUUCGUAUUUCUCUUCAAAAAAAGAGCAAAAUUCGUCACUGACAGAUAUUUUACGCAUUGCUUUAGACGGACACUACUUGAAUACUUAUAGUAAAUAAGUAGUGCGUCUCUGAUUGCACAGAUUCUAAAAUACAUCCAAACUUUUGCACUAAUUACUAAUUUCUCUAAAUCAUGGAGAGAAUAAGACGAGUCAAACAAGCCAAUAGUCCCUGUGAAGCACCUAGUAUAUCACCCACUCUUUCAAACUCCCCCAGAACUCAAGCGUUACAUAAUAACUUGUAUCGUCUGAUUUCACUUCGAGAGAUUAUAUUUGACUUAAAAAGCAAUUAUCACGGUUGCAUCCUGCUGAUAGUCGUGCUAAAUUGAAGUCCCAUAUGGUUACAAAACUCCGCAGUGGAUUGUAGAAUUAUAAGCCGUUAAAAACAUGUAACUGACUGUUGAUUGUAUUUCAUUUUUUAACUCUUAAUAGUUCAUCCAAGAGUCAGGUGUUUACUUUGAAGUUUGGAUUACAAACAAUCCCUGUCUACUGUCACAUGGGAGACUUUGGAUGCGGUGGUGGUGGUUGGACGCCGGUCAUGAAGACUGACGGCACAAAGGUACAGGAUGGUUUUUCAAAUUCAAGCUAAGCUACAUUAGUUGCAUCAUUUUUUCCAGCUUUAUCAGAACUUUGGUCGGAAAUUCCCGAAAGACUACAAUCGGAGACAAACUUAGUUGAAACACUUUGCCUUAUCUUCAUCAAGGCAAAAAUUAAGCUUCCAUCCCUCCAAGCGAUGUUCUGCCCCUGAGCGUCCCGUACGAAACAACAACUUAAUAUUGAAUGGAGGGGAUGAGAGCGGGAUGAUGUGGAUUGUUUUGUUCCCUGAACCUCAUUAAAGGAUAGUGUGUCGAUAAUUUUGUCACAGAGCGCAGUUUAAUGGAAAGAGAAACACAGCUGCCAAUACUAUAGCAUAGACGAAAGCAACCCGGCAGUUCCUUCUCCUUGAAUAGCCAGAAAAAUUUGUUUCUGGCCGAUCAGAAGCUAGGAAUUCAAUCGAUUAGUAGAAGGUUAAAGUAUCCGGGAACUUACAGUUUUUUGUUUUUGUAGUAUCCGAUAACUAUAUGAUUUAAUGUCUAUGAAUAUUCUCAACUUUGUCUUUCAGAGAACGUUCCAGUACACGUCAUGUAUUUGGACUAACAAAAAUGGGUAUAAUUUCGCUGGUGGCAAGACAGGAUUUGACACACAAGAAACCAAAUUACCAACCUACUGGGAAACAAAUUUUUCUAAAAUUUGUCUGGGUAUGAAAAUCGGGAAUCAGACAAACUUUAUUGCCUUCAACAAGCAAGCCAGCUCCCUCUACUCCCUCAUUGCUGAUGGACUUUAUCGCUCCACCUCGCUGGGUCGUAAUAGUUGGAAAGCACUGCUUGGGUCUCAGGCCUCCCUACAGCGCAACUGCAACAGAGAGGGUUUUAACACCAGUGGCGGUCGCACUUCAGUAAGAAAGGCCAGGGCGAGGAUCGGUAUCCUUGGUAACAACGAAAACGAUUGUGGCACGGUUAAUUCUAGAAUUGGGUUUGGUAUGCAAGGGAUUCCAGAUGAUUCCAUAACCUGUGGAGUUGCGGCAAAGCUCCGAUCUGAUAAUGGAGACAAGUUCAUCAGCUCAUUUGGAUACAUCUUGGUUCAGUAG